GGCAUCUGAGGCUGAACGGAGACUGCUGGAUUCGCGCGAAAUUCCCUGCGUUUAAAAAGCUCUGACUGUGGAAAUAAACUCGUUUUGGCGGAAUGGAUGUGAUUUCGGGAGUGCAGAAGAUGUCAGUGGGGCAGCCGCCAGCAGGACGGGGUGCGGUGUGUCUGACAUGUAAAGGGAUCUGCUCUGGAUUCCAGCCACAUUCCUGGAGAAAAGCCUGCGUGCAGUGCCACUGCAGCCAGGAAGACCACGCUCCCAGCUCGGACGUCGAGGAUGACCGCAAGAUGGGCCGACUGCUGGCGGACUCCAAGUAUGCCCACCUGACUGCAAAAGUGAAGGGUGGAGACGGCCUGAGGGUCUACAAACGCAACCGUAUGAUCAUCACCAACCCUGUGGUGUCUCGCAAAGACCCCACCUUCAACACCAUCACUUAUGACUGGGCUCCACCGGGCCUCACCCAGAAACUGGCCGUGCAGUACAUGGAGCUUCUCCCUGAGGAAAGGCAGCCUGUAGCGGGCACGGAGGGCGCGCUGUACCGGCGCAGACAGCUGAUGAGACAGCUUCCAGCAUACGAUGAGGACCCCUCGCACUGCCACAGCCUGUCAGAGGCUGAAGUGAAAGCCAUGGCUCAGUUUGUGAAAAGCUAUAAGGAGGAAGCUUUGGGAGUGGGAGAGGUGGCGCUGCCUGGAGAGGGAGGAGCAGCCAAAGAGAACGCUGGCAAGCAGAAGAACGAGAAGGGUACCCAAGAGCAGCCCAACCCAGAACCUACCACCAAUGGAACACUGGAGGAGAACAGCAAGAAGAGCCAAUAUCACUGCAGCGGUUGUGGGGAGUUGGCGGCACUGGACAGUCCAGUGGUGUAUGCAGAGAGGGCGGGCUAUGACAAGCUGUGGCAUCCCACCUGCUUUGUCUGUGCUGAGUGUGGCGAGGCGCUGGUGGACCUGGUGUACUUCUGGAGGAAAGGCACUCUGCUGUGCGGCCGCCAUUACUGCCAGAGCCUGAGACCGCGCUGUGCAGGCUGUGACGAGCUCAUCUUCUCUGAGAUCUUCCAUCAGGAAACAAAUGGGCAGUUUUGGCACAAGGAGCAUUUCUGCUGCUGGCAGUGCGGUCAAGGCCUCAACGUCCAGUGUGGUUGCAGCAGCCGCCGCCAAUCCAAACCGGUCUAAAUCAGCCUAAACUAUACCCAGCACGACCAAUCUGCUUAGUGGAAGCAGAAGGCCAGUUAGGUUACAAUCAUUUGUUUUUUUGCCUGUUUUAAACACAGAACAUGGCAAAAUAUUUGAUAGCACUUCCACUAUAUAGCAGACCGAUCAGCAUAUGAAAAUAAUGUUGUGGCGACUUUAUCGACUUUAGCUUUGUAUUAUUUAUGGACUAGAGUUUGUCAUUUUGGUGCCUGCUUGGCUAUGCAUGGGGAAAUAGACGAGCCACUGCAGACUUAGUAAAGGUAGUGGCUUUAUUGAUAUUCAAACAAAACGGUAUAUAGCUGAGCUUUUUAUUAGCAGAUACCUGCAACGGUGAACAAUGAUAAAGUUUGCUUUCCAGACGCCCGGCUUUUCAGAGGGUGACUUAGUCGCGCUCGAUCCUAGUGCAUCACUGAGAAUUUGUAAACAAAAUGACCCACGCCCUGGUGUUUAGACAUAAAACACACUGCACGACUGCGUCACACCAUGAUAUAAUGCACUCAUGGGCUUGACUUGGCUAAGAAGAAGAGGUGAUGGCGUGUAGGGUGGGACGUUAGUGCUGGUCUGCAGGGACAUUCUGGAACCUCCAUGUCUGGUUCUAUGCAAGUCACAUGGCAUGUGACUUGCAUAGAACGUGAGAGCUUAUAAAUGACUCACAGAUCAGCUGGGUGACAUCCAGACACAUUAUGCAUGCUCAGGUUGUGUGUUCUGAAGCCAAGCUCUAUUCACUCACUUCCCUGGGAAUUAGACAGCAAGCAAAGCAGUGUUAAGACACUGUGCUGUUCAUGGGGUGUUGGAAACUGAGUUUUACGAAAGCACAGCAAAGAUAGAGGCCUUGUUCACACAGCACAGUGAAUCUGAUUUGAUUUUUUAAUCUGACUUUUAGACGCUGAGUCUGUUUAAACCAUGCAUUAAUAUGUGUCUCAUGUACGGAUCAUAUCUGGAGAAACUUUGGUAUUUACACUUCACUAAAAUGCAUCCCCAGUUGGACCAGAUGAGAUGUGAUUUUACCAUCCUGCUUAAAAAUGUUAUGUUGUUUCCGUUUUACUUUUCUGUUACUGUAUCAAUUGCCAAACUUGGCUUAGAUGCUUUUAUCUGCCAGUGGUGAAGAGAGAAGGCUCUUGGUUUCGGUAGAACUCCAGCCUCAUGUAUUCUCCAUCUUGUAUUUCCUUGUUUAUCCUCUCACUUGGCAGACACAUUGCUGUUUAUGCAGUGGUUAUUGAAAACGCAUUCCGUUUACACUAGUGUUCAAUGUGGUCACGAUCCGCCUCUGACCUCCUCCAAAUGUGGUUUGAAUGACCUGAUCCUAAUUAGAUCGCAAUGCGUCCUGGGAGUGUUUAUGCCUGGCUUUUCAUGCAGCCAUGUAAAAUCUGAACGUGAUCCGAUCACCAAAAACGAGUGACUAAAUCCUCACUACAACUCAAAAACGCACGUCAAGUUUUGAAAAUGUUAACAUUAAUGCAAAUGCCAUCUUUCACGUCAGAACUCAUAGUUGCUCUUGUAGUUUUUUUAUUCUAUUUAAUGCACAGAGGUCCGAUCUGCAGCAGAGCCUCGAGGUCCACCACACACACAGUAGAGGUUGAGUUCAGUGUGGUGGAUCUUCUUGUACCGUUUGUUGGAAUUUUAGCAGAAUGGGCUGCUAUCCAGUGUGUUAUCCAGUAUCUUUCAGUCGCACUGGAUAAAAGAAACAUACAUUUAUCACAUUGCAAUUCAAUGAAUCAAUUUUUUCUUCCUCUGUCUUCUUCAAGCUUUUAGUGUUUAAUAAAAAAGUGCAUCAAACUUGAUGUGAAGGUUUUAGCACAUUAAAUGCAUAAAUGCACAUCUGUGUGAAAAGACCUCACAGUGACUUAGCAUUAAACUACAGUGUUUAGUGAUAGUGUUUUCCCUGACUGAAGUUUCAGAUUGGAUCAGAAAGCUCAUGUAUACAAAAAUGGAAACUCAAAAACAAUAAAUUCUUAUCGAUUUUAUGGCCACUUUUUAUAAUUAGCGAUAAAUAGCUAAGUGGUCCCAGCUCUAAUAUUCUUGCUGUUCAGACUACAGAACUUUUUUCCUAUAAAAGAUUCAGAGCUGUGUCAACACAAAACUGUCGUCUUUUUCAAAUCAGAUUUGAAUAAGUAUUCCUAGAUUAGAUACAUAUUUGAUAUGUUGCUAUGUGACUAAUGAGGUCAGACUGGAAUCAUGCGGAUCACGCUUCACUCUGCAUGCGCAUAUCUCUGUGCUCAUCACCAGUGUGGGUAGUUUGACAGCUGGAGCUAACUUAAUUAUAAAAUAAAUGUAUACAUUUCCUUUUAGAGCUCUGAAGUGUAUUCACAUCAAUGACAGAUGCAGCUCAGACACAUAUAUGAACCAUCAAA